CAAAAACUCAUUCAUUGUAGAUAUAUAUUGUGAAUUAUUUUGCAAAAAAAAAAAAAUCAGAAUGACUUUAAAUAACAAGUCAUCCUUAAACUUAGUGAGCAACCUUUUUACAUCCGAAACGAAUACAGAGAGUAGAGAUGACGGUAGAGAAGAAAAAAUAUCAUCAUUGGUUCUAACUCAAAAGAAAAUGAACCUUUGUUUUAUACCAGGACAACGGGGUAAAUCUUUAUUGUGUUUCAACCAGUUCACAUACGCCAAAAAUAAUGUAUGUGGUAAUACAACGUAUUGGAAUUGUCGUAGUCGACGUGUCGGUAUGAAGCCAUGCAACGCUCGCAUCACUACAACGAAACAACCAAAUGAAGGCAGUGUUGCUAUUUAUUCGGCCACAUCAAGAGGACGUGUGCAGCUCAUAUAUGGCGGCCAACCAUUCAUCUUUGAGAAAAUUUUGAAAUUAGCCACUGGUGAGGAAAAGAAAUUUUGGCGUUGUAAUCAAUGGUGGAACCAAAAAUGUCGUUCACGUGUCUAUACCAUUAAUGACAUAGUUAUGCCACUUAACCGCUACCAUACGCAUGAAGAAAUCGUACGACGUAAAAAGCGUACACGUAGGAUACCACCGAUUGUCAGUGCACAACCAAAGAAGGAUAAGAAAGUGGCGAUAACAGAAAGUUCGAGCGUAGAUGCGGUAGGAGUCACAACUACGGACCCAAUCGAUGUAUCUGAAUUAGGAAUGCACUUAAAAUAUGAAGAAAUCGUAGCAGAUGUUACGGAAAUAGAGGAGCCUAAUAUCGUCAUAAAAAAAGAUUUAAAGAAAUAAUUUCUGGAAUAUACAUAUAUGCAUAUGUAAACAUACAAUUACUCCAACUUUAACUUUACAUUUUUCAAGGAAAUGUACUACAUAUAUUGAGUAUAUAAAAAUAUUGCUUUUUUCUAAAGCUGAUUUAAAAUAGUUCUUUGAAUAAAAUCUAUAACUACUUUAUAGCAAAUAAGUUUUUUUUUUAUAAGUUUUGCCGCUCCGGUGCAACAUAAUUAAACCAAGCAAACAAAAUUUCCUACAACUAAUUCAUUUUAUACCUGUGUAUUUUUCAUUUUAGUACCUAUUUCAAUACCUAAAGCUGGCAGUCAAAACUUUUACUUCACAGCUGGACAAAGGAAAUCCGUUAAACUCGUAUAUGGAGGCUAUCAAUAUGUCAAGUUCAUGGAAAAUUCCAAAGGUAUUAAGUGGAUUUGUUCUACACGAUCUACCACCAAAUGCAGGGCAAGAGUACGUACAACAAAAAAUUCGCAACUCGAGGUGCUUCAUGCUAAACACAAUCAUUCUUUUAUACAAAAAAAAUAUCCACGGAAAAUGGAAAAAGAUAAUAAGUCUACUAUCGAACACAUGUUUCUGCCUAAUGUCUCACCAAAUUAGAUUCGUUAAUACAAGCUGUAGAAUAGAAAUUAAUACGUCUAAUAUGAGAGAAAAUUGUUUGCAAUCCUUGUAUAUUGAAAACUUAUAAUUAGACGCAUAAAUCUUAAAAAAAGGGAUAUAUGUAUUUGAUUAUAUCAUAAUUGCUACAAAUGUGAAUAUAUUUUCAAAUUUCCACGGUUGAUGGUAAAAAUUCUGUCAUCAAAGCCGUUAAAUUUUAAAUAGA